AUGAAGAAGAAGAAGAAGACGAACCGUUGCCGUCAAACGACGAGUCGAAAUUUUACCGUCGCUUCUUUGAAAAGCGAUGAGAACGACGACGACGACGAUCGAACAACAACAACAACACCGGUUGGUAUGGUCGUGGUAAAAGAAGAAGCGAAAGAGAAAACUAUCGAGUCCUCCAGAGUUGAUUUCGCCAUGCCGAACAGGUUGUUGUCCUCCGAAAAUCUCACCACGGAUGAAAUUGAAGACGCUCGAUUUCGAACGUACACGCUACACAUUCGCUCGGGAUUCCCGGACAAGAAGAAAGAAAGCAGUUUUGACUGGGAACAACCGUCCGCGCUGAACGUGUGCAUUAUCGGCACGGAUGGGAGAGCGUUGAUGGAACGCAUCGAUUCGUUCACCGCCGACGGGUGCGAAGGAAGGUUCAACGUGCCCGGUAAAACGGACAUUGUGACGUUCCGAGCGAGAGAGGUAGGAAAACCAACCGCGUUGUGGGUGAGCGUUGAAGGAAAACACGUGAAAUCGUGGACGUUGGAUUGCAUUUCCAUCGUGGAUACUUUCGAUGAGCGUCCGGAGGAAAACGCAAUUAAUUUUCCAACCAAGUAUUACGAGUGCGACGUGGUGAAAGCGGGCGCCUUGGAACUUCGUCCAGGGGAAGUAAAGAAAAAGUCGCCAGAACAGAUUGAGAUGGAAAGAGAAGUUUCCAUGCAUAAUUACGACGCGUAUAAAAUGCGUUUGUUUUGUUUCACCGCGGGUAUCAUCGCCGCGGGUUUUACUCUUGAGUUUACAAAAGGCGACAUCGAACAGGCGAAAGCGUUUGCGAGCGGAGGCGUGAUUGGCGUUUUGUACAUGCAAAUGCUGACGAAAUCUAUCGAUCAGUUCUUCAGUGGAGUCGAUGACGAGGAAGAGAAGAGGAAGAAGAGCGAAAGAGAGGGCGAAGAAGGAGUAAAGAAGAAGUUUUCGUUGGAAUCUCCGUUCGCGCGUCUUCAAAAAAUCGCAGAUAUUGUAAUCGGAAGCACGCCCGUGCGAAUGUCCGUGGUGGCGUAUUUCGGAUAUCUCGCCGCGCAACAUUUCGGCGCCGACCAUUGCUUGGGAUGGACCAUCUUUGGGUUCUUUUCGUAUAAAUUUGCCGUCUUUCCAGCUACGUUUUCACACUUUGGCGACGAAGAGAUCGACUUGGAAAGUUUCGAAGCGAUGAAUGCCAUUCCUAUUUCCUCUGAAAACGCUGAGGGCAAGUUUGGUCCGCGUUAA